GAUCUGGAGGACUUCAGCAACCGGUCCACGGUGACCUACACGCUGAACGUCCUGCCGCGCUCCAGGCCCAUGGUCUCCGUGAUCGGCCCGCCCGCGGCCUCCGCAUCCUGCGCCUUUGCCCUCAGGGCGGAGGCAUGGGAGGUUGCUUCGAUGGCUUCUCGGGGGCCGGGUGAGGGGCCGCCCUUCGAGUACGCCUGGUCCUGCCUGGUCGGCGACAUGGCGGAGAUGAACGAAAGCGAAGCCCACUAUGCAGAGCGCUGCCUGCCGCGCUUGGCCCAUUGGGCAGGGCCCGAGCUGAGAGUUCAGGCCGGGGAGCUGGAGGAAGACACGUACACCUUCCGCGUGCAU